AUGACAUUCUCAUAGAGGGAAACCGAACAAAAUGCAGCGGCACUUAAAGGAUUUCCUCUCUCCAAGUUUUCUCCGGUCCCUUAAUUGUGUUUAAGCCUUGUUGAGUACUUUGUUUACAGUCCCUAGUGUGGUGAUUUGCAUCCCCCUCUCUGGGUUGCUGUUGGCUGAGGCAGGCAGCUGUCUCAGUCGGAUUCUGGCUGGGAAAGAGGAGAUUCUUGUCCUGUCAUUUUAUUGACAGACGUGCUAUUACAGGCUCUUUUCGCAGAAGUUGACUGAAGAAGCUCAAGCGCUGCUGAUUCUUCCCUCCCAAGUCCAGGGGCUCCCCUGGUAAUGGAUUGCUUUUCUCAGAGCUUCCACCCUGGAGAGAACCCCCAGGUCUAGUCUGUGAACCCAGCUAGGAAACAUCACUAGUAAAAAUGACUGAAGAGCCCAUAAAGGAGAUCCUGGGAACCCCAACGUCUUCCAAGCCUGUGACAAUGGAGAAGAGCCCCAACAGCGAAGUGGUGGUCACCACGGUCCCCUUGGUCAGUGAGAUUCAGUUGACGGCUGCUACAGGGGGUGCUGAGCUCUCCUGUUACCGCUGCAUCAUCCCCUUCGCCGUGGUGGUCCUCAUCGCUGGAAUAGUGGUCACUGCUGUGGCUUACAGCUUCAAUUCCCACGGCUCCAUCAUCUCCAUCUUGGGUCUGGUCCUCCUGUCAUCUGGACUUUUUUUGUUAGCUUCCAGUGCCCUGUGCUGGAAGGUGAGGCAGAGGAGCAAGAAAGCCAAGAGACGGGAGAGUCAGACAACUCUUGUGGCGAAUCAGAGAAGCUUGUUUGCUUAGGACUGAAUCCCCAAUGGGAUAUGUGGCCUGAAAACUUUCUCUCAAUGUGUCAUCCAGUUCACCCAGAACUAGAGUGGGAGACAAUGAACGGUGCAGUGGGAGAGAAUGAACGGUGCAGUGGGAGAGAGUGAACGGUGCAGUGAGAGAGAGUGAACGGUGCAGUGGGAGAGAGUGAACGGUGCAGUGAGAGAGAGUGAACGGUGCAGUGGGAGAGAGUGAACGGUGCAGUGGGAGAGAAUGAAUGGUGCAUUGCGGCAGACCAGAGGGAUGGGGGUGAAUUGAGUGUGGGAGGGUAGAGGGGGUUUUGUUUUAUGAAGAACCUACUUGUGUCUUCUUUAAUGACAAACUUAACUCUAAGGGCUAUUUCUGAGACUGAAAAAUCAGCUUUUUCUCUAUAUUAGACAUUUGAGGGGUCAUGAGAGGUGCACAGCAUUAGACAAUGUUCAGUUCACCUUGGAAAGUAGCCAAGGAAAGAUGAGAAAAUAGAUAGUUCUGGCACACCAGUGACCUGCCUCAAAAAAAAAAAAAAAGAAAGAAAGAAAGAAAGAAAGGAAGGAAGAAAAAGAAAAACCCACACUUUAAAGAAGAUGUAUCAUAAAAAUAUAUUCUGCUAAGGGUCUAAAUCACCUCAGACUUUGCAUCCUUCUAUGAAAUUCUGUGAUAAUUUUUUUAAUAAGCUGAUUCUCUGGCCUCUUUUUUUUUUUUUUGCUUUCAAUAACUCAUCACUGGUGGUACUUUUUCUUAAAGAAUAAACUAAUAUUUUUUAUGUUUUAACAUUAGACAGUUUUAGAUGAUUUUAAUGAGUCAGAAGUUAAAAGGUAAAAGAUGUAGCUACUAAAUGACAUGGGGGGGUUAAAUUAAUAUUAAAAUAAUCCAACCUAGCACUUUUGAUGAUUUUUAUAUAAAGUUUAAUGUACAUUUCAUUCAAAAUAAUAAAUACUUAUUGCUGCUGAAAUUUCUUAAAUGCUUGUUGCUGUUGUAGUUAUGUUUACUGCAGUUCCAAACUGCCCAUCUUCACUUGCCUCGUUGGCAAUGUCUCAAAUGUAUUUCUCUCGAAUGGGCAUGUUGCUUCUCCCUAACUUGUCUAAAAGAUUUUUAUUUUUUAUUAUAUCAUUCUUUUUUUUAAAGAUUUUAUUUAUUUAUGUGACAGAGAGAGACACAGCAAGAGAGGGAACAGAAGCAGGGGAGUAGGAGAGGGAGA